CUCGUUAUGAUCAUACUUGCCAAGACCGUCGUUUCCUUAAAUACAUAAACUAUACAGGAGUUAUAGAAGAAGUAACAUUAUUGAGUCGCUCGCGCGGAUGUCGCUAGCCCUUGACCUCAAACCCCGGUCCGCUGGCGCGGUGCGGGGUCUUGUGUCUAGAUGUCUUUCCAGGGCUCCUCGUGCACAGCUGCUACACCGCGCACUACUUCAUGCCCCCAGCGCGGGACAGCGACAGGCCGCGCUGCAGUUGAGUUCCAAGCUCCCGCGGCCGCAGCGGUUCACCAUCAGCCGCAGGCAGGCCCUCAGGGUGCAGGCAGUUUUCGAGCGGUUUACGGAGCGUUCCAUUAAGACGGUCAUGAUUGCUCAGACGGAGGCAAAGGCGUUCGGGCACAUGGAGGUCAACACGGAGCACAUUUUGCUUGGACUGGUUGCGGAGGAGAGCCUAAGUAAGAACGGCUACUUGAACAGUGGAGUGUCAAGUGAGCGCGCCAAAGCCACUGUGGAGGCCAUGUUCGGCCGGAAGCGGCCUAUUACGAACGGUGAAAGCAUUCCUUUCAGCCGUGACGUCCGCAAGAUGUUUGAGGCAGCGACGCACGAAUGCAAACGCUCCAAUGUCAACUUCAUUUCGCCGGAGCACAUUCUGCUAGCCAUGCUCUCGAUGGCGGACUGCAAUGGCCGGCGCGUGCUCACCUCUCUGUCCGCCGAUGUGGAGUUGCUCAAGGCGGAGGCGCAACGCCGCCUCAAGGGCGACUCGGACGCGGAGCAGGCCAAGAAGAAACAGCCCUCCGCCCCCAAGGAGGGUCCCCGCAUGACCGAGGAGUACUGCCGCGACCUGUGUGCGGAGGUGGCGGCGGGGCGCAUCGACCCGGUGGUGGGUCGCGAGCGCGAGGUGUCCCGUGUGGUUCAGAUCCUGGCCCGCCGCACCAAGAACAACCCCAUCUUGCUGGGCGAGCCGGGGGUGGGCAAGACGGCCAUCGCGGAGGGGCUGGCGGCGGCGGUGGUGGGGCGCACCCCGCUGGAGGGCGCCCCGCUGCCGGCCUUCCUGGAGGGGAAGCGGAUCCUGCAGCUGGACGUGGGGCUGCUCAUUGCGGGUGCCAAGGAGCGAGGGGAGCUGGAGUCCCGAGUCACUAAGCUGAUAGCGGAGGUGAAGCAGGCGGGCAACAUCAUACUCAUGAUCGAUGAGAUCCACACGCUGGUGGGGGCGGGCAGUGGGGGGCGGGGCGGCGGGGGCGGACUGGACAUCGCCAACCUGGUCAAGCCGGCGCUGGCGAGAGGGGAGUUCCAGGUCAUCGGCGCCACCACCCUGGACGAGCACCGCAAGCACAUUGAGCGGGAUGCGGCGCUGGAGCGGAGGUUCCAGCCGGUGCUGGUGGAGGAGCCGGAUGAGGCGGCGGCGCUGGACAUACUAAUGGGUCUGAAGGAGCGCUACGAGCGGCACCACCGAGUGGCCUACACGCCCGAGGCGCUGGCCGCCGCCGUGUCCCUCUCCUCCCGCUUCAUCGCGGACCGCUUCCUGCCCGACAAGGCCAUCGACCUGAUGGACGAGGCGGGCAGCCGGGCGCGUAUCGCGGCGUACAUGGCACGACAGGAGCAGGGGGCGCAGGGGCGGGGACAGCAGGGGCAGGGGCGGGGUCAGGGAGGGCAGGUGGGGCAUGUUCAGGGGCUGCAGCGGGGGGUGGUGCUGCAGAUGGCUCCUGUUCCCUCCCAGGGUGGUGGCAUCAACGGCAACAACGGCAGCAGCAGCGGCGGAAGUGGAAGCAGUGCUGCACAACAGCAGGGGCAAGGACAAGGGCAGCAAGGAGGUGGUCAGGGUCAGGGUCAGUCCCCCCACCCCAAGCUGUGCGAGUACCUGCAGGUGUUGGCCAGCAAGGACGAGGCGGUGAAGGAAGGGCUGUUCGAGGAGGCGGGCAUCCUGAGGAGGAGGGAGGUGGACUACAGGUCCGAGCUGUCCGGCCCGCCCUCCCAGGGUGCGGUGCUGCCGGUGGUGGAUGUGGGCGACAUUGAGGCCAUCGUGUCGGCCUGGAGCGGCAUCCCGCUGGAGAGGAUGAGCGAGGACGAGCGGGACAAGCUAGUCAACAUGCGCUCGCUGCUGUCCUCCCGGGUGGUGGGUCAGGCGGAGGCGGUGGAGUCGCUCACUGCCGCGUUGUGCCGCGCGCGGUGCGGACUGAAGGACCCGCGGAGGCCGGUGGCGUCGCUGCUGUUCGUGGGGCCCACGGGUGUGGGCAAGACGGAGCUCGCAAAGGUGCUCUCCCACACCUACUACGGCUCCUCCGACGCGCUGCUGCGGCUGGACAUGAGCGAGUACAUGGAGCGGCACUCCGUCAGCAGGCUCAUCGGCGCGCCGCCGGGCUACGUGGGGUUCGGCGAGGGCGGCAAGCUGACGGAGGCGGUACGGCGGCGGCCGCACUGUGUCGUACUGUUCGACGAGGUGGAGAAGGCGCACCCGGAGGUGUUUGCGGUGCUGCUGCAGAUACUGGAGGACGGCCGGCUGACGGAUUCGCAGGGCCGCACCGUGUCCUUUAAGAACGCCAUGGUCAUCCUGACCUCCAACAUCGGCUCGCGGCUCAUAGCGGCGGGCAGCGGGGGCGGCCGGGCGGGCGGUGUGUUCACCUCGUCGCAGCGGAGCGGGGGCGGAGCGAGUGCGGAGGAGGAGGAGCGGAUGGAGGCGUGGCAGGCUCACAAGCUGAAGCAGGAGGUGAUGGGCGAGGUCCGCUCCUUCUUCUCGCCCGAGCUGCUGAACCGCUUCGACGAAACCAUCGUCUUCCGCCGCCUCAGUCGCGCCCAUGUGGCCCAGAUCGCGGGGGUGCUGCUGGAGGAGACCAAGCGGCGCGCGGGGGAGCGGGGGCUGCAGCUGCGGCUGGGGUCGGGUCUGGUGGAGAGGAUUGUGGCGGAGGGGUGGAGCGAGGAGUAUGGCGCGAGGCCGCUGAGGCAGGCGAUUGUGAGGUUGAUCGACGACCCGCUGUCGGACGCGCUGCUGCACCGCAAGUUCCCCCCCGGCACCCGACUGGUGCUUUCUUGGGACCCCUGCGGCAGGGGGGAGGGAGGCGAGGCGGGGGCGGUGCGGGUGAGGACGGAGGAGGAGGAGGCGGAGGCGGAGAAGGAGGAGGAGCGCAGGCGGCGGGAGGAGGAGGCGGAGAGCGGUAGGUGGUCUUCACGGCGUGGGGGGCAGGGUGGUGAGGUGGAGGGAGGCGUGUUGGUGGCGGUGGGGGCUGCGGGUGGGGGCGGGGAGGAGGAGAGGCAGCGGGUGGUGUUGUCGGCGACUGGGAGUGUGGAGGAGAAUUGAGAGGAAAGAGCGGAGGAGGAGGAGGAGGUUGAAGAGGUGAAAUGAGGAGAGGGAGGGGUGAAGUGAGGAGAGGCAAGAGGAGGAGGCAGCGGGUGUUGGAGCGUGCAUGUUGGGGGCGCGGUGGUGGUCGAGGAGGCGUGGGUUGGGUUGGGCUGGGCUGGGGGAUUUGAAGGUUGGCGUGUAAUAGUAGGAAUGUGCGCCAGGCGCUUUGUCACAUGUACGUGUUUACAAACUUUAGUUUUUGUCUUGAGGAGUAUCGGUUGAUGUUCGGUUGAUGUCGUUUUGGUGCUGGUAGUUGUUUUGGAAGAGACCUUUUACAUGCGUUUCCCUAUUCAACAAUUUGAUGAUUUGCUCAAUCGAGGGGUUUCAAGAGCUGUUUGAAGAGCAAGAAGGAGAAAACCACUGCUGGUGCUUUAGGAACUGCUUUGCAGCCGUUGUUGCAUUGCUGCUUAUCAGUCCCAUGUACAUUAUAGUCUUUCGGGAAUUGGAAAAACAAGAUGCCCACCUCCCAAUCGGUUGGUUGCGGCGGUUAAGGGCCCCGAGUCCUGGCGCGUGUGCUGUUUGUUGUUCCCGUUACAUGAAUGUAUGCGUGGUAGGUCGGUGGGCGCUUUGCCCUUUUUAGAAGGGCUCGGGCGCCUCCUGACAUGCUCGAGUGCUUUGGGUUUGGAAGGUAUGUGUUUGGAAGUUACGGAGGAAUGACCCAUGGGUCGUUUGGGGGUGGUAGGUGGAUUGCGGCUCUGCUACCAUUUACAAUACGGCGUAUACCCCCGCGUGCAUUGUCAAUUUGUUGGGGAUGGUCGAAUCUGUAGCUGCCGGUUUGGCCGGACGUGUUUCUUUAAAGGCCCUGAGUAGAUGAGCAAUAAUUAGUUCUUGUCUUUACGGUUUUCUUUGUGCUGUGUGCCCCAUUUAACUGGCCGCAAAACUGUCACUGCUGUGUUUGUAGCUGCUACUGCAAACGGAUUGACAGUAGUACUGCCGCUGACGUGGCGACCUUGUGCCCUUUGCGUGGUGGCAUUCUUUCGUUGACGGUUUGCUUCCUAAAAAGCUUGCCGAUUGGCUUCUCACAGAAGCCAAAGAGGUGACAAGACGCGCCAUGACGCGUACAGUGGGAUUAACAAAGGGUGAUGGCGAGGUUCCAUUGAAAACUGGUCGCGAGGAGGAAUGUACUGGACUGUUGGAAGAUGAUGUGACGGACCAUGGGUGCGUGCGCGUUCGUGGCCUCUUAGAUGGUGAUGCUGUGUAGUACCCUUUGAUGAUGUGUGUUGGUUGUGGCGAGGGGUGGCACUGUUCAGGAAAGGGCGGGACGGCUGAAAGAACGAGAGGGAAGUGGGGGGGCGUGUCGUACGUGGGGCCGCUGGGUAGCUAGCUUGCUGACUGGGGUUUCCUUUGAAGGGGGGAUGACUUUCUGGACUAGAGUCUUCUGGACUGGAGUGGUUUAGGUUAGGAGUACUGCGUUACGGAAUACCACUUUGUAGAUCAUUUUGCCUUUUGUUGUCGUACAAGACAAAGUUUGGUUGGUGGUCAGUUUGGAUUCUAUUUGGAUCCGGUUUGGUGAGUUGGUUGUACGUUCUGAGGAUAUAAGAAAUUCCGAAUCCUGUUUUUACUGUCGAGCGUGUCGUACAUGUGUUUGCUACUAGAAGAGCGUCCAUUGCCGUGCGUCCUUUGGCCCUGUUCUGUUUGCUUUGCGCCGUGCCAGAGCGUUGGCGCGAUGGAGUGUGUGUCUUUCUGUGGCCCUGGAUUUGGCGACUCUGCUUCCACUUGCACGGAACAGGCGUGACGUGAGGGAGCGCUCGGCGGGGGCUGCAUGCAGCUGCUCACUGGCUUGACUUGCACACGAUUGACGAGACGCACCGCAACUGUCUUUGAUGAGCUUUUGAGAAGAGAAAACUAAGAUUUGCAGUAAGGGGGCUAUAUAAUUUCAUCGCCCGCCUACUUUAUAUCAUACCUCGUUUGUUGUUGGUUAUAUACCUUUGAAUCUUGGCUGUUGCUGGUAUGCUAUUGUUGUUUUAGCAGUUGUUAGUUUUGGUUUGGAUGGUCGUUACGUAAUUCAUUGGUUACGCACCCGUACGACAUGUGCCGCGCGCAACCCCGCCUGUCAUGUACGGCAGAAGACGAAUCGUCAGAUGACUCAACCGGAAUUUCGACGCCUCAAACGUGCAUAUGUGUGUUCGUUGCUGCAGCCGCAUUGGUUUGCACCGCUGUUGCGCGAGCGGCAUUACUGUGUAUCAUUGUGUCUGUUACCCCACGGGGAAUUCUUGAUGUCGGGCUGUCUAUCUACCAAGCUGACCUCAUGACAUUUGACGGAUGCUACUACGUGUAUGCAAGGCCGGGAAGGGCGCCGGUGGUUGUGUUCAUGGGCAGUCAGGCAGGUGCAAGGCGGCACGGAGGAGGAGGGGAGGUUACUGGUAAUAAGGAUGUUGCGUAAGAUGUAAUAAGCCAGCUUUUGGCUGGGUCCC